AUGCAGCUCAGUUCCGCCAUGGGGUCCAACGAGGAAGGAGAUGGCUGGAUGGAGGACCAGUGGGAGAAAUGGCUCACCCAUGACAUCAGCCUUGAUGAGUUUGAAGACGAAGACCUCUCAGAGCUCACAGAGAUCACCGAUGAAUGUGGGGUGAGCCUCAACAGCAACAGUCUUGACAUCAAGAGUCAUGUGACGCGGGGAGCCAAUAGCGGGCCAGGGAAGGCAGAGGGGAGCGUGGCCACCAAGCUGCAGACGGAGAUGCUCCAUUUGGACCUGAUCGAUGCCGUGGACGACAUUCAGGACGAGGAAGCAGCGUUGCCCACCUCCAAACCGCUUGUGAAGGAACCCCCUCCUGUCACCAUGGAUACCUACCGGCCCAAGAGACCCACCACGCUUAACCUCUUCCCACAGGUGCCCCGCACUCAGGACACGCUAAACAACAACUCAUUUGGUAAGAAGUACAGCUGGCAGGAGAAGGUCCGGCACUCUUCCCCCCAGAAAACAGCGGAACUGACACCCUCACACGAACACGCCUGCCUGAGCGAAGAGGACACGUCGCAGCACGCCGGCAGCACGCAGACCAAAGACAAAGGCACCUCCACGGAUGCCCCUCGCCGAGCGACCUCUUCCACGCAGAGCGCGGGGGGCACGCGCUCCAAGCUGCAGGACAAGCCCCCGGGCGCGGCCCGAGGCCCUCAGUCCCCCGCCCAGGCGGCGUCGGGGGGCACGGCGCACCGGGAGCGGAUCCGCUACCACACGGAUGUGCGUCUGGAGCCCACCGAGGAGAUCUACCUGACCCCUGUUCAGAGGACCUCCGACCCCGUGGAGCAGGACCAGCCCUUCCUGUCUCAGGCGGGCGGGGAGAACAACCGCAUGUCCAUAAGCUCCGACGCCGAGGGGCCCCCGCCGUACCAGCCCCUCCCCGACCGGACUAACCCUUCCAUCAGCGAGGAGGACGAGGUGUACCCUCCCUCGUCGCCCUCCACGGUGGCCCUGGACCUGAGCGGGAGAGGGGCCGGAGCUGGGGUCGGGGCUGGGGCUGGGGCCGGGGUCGGGUUGGAGGUUCGCUCCGAGGCUUGCGUCCCAAGGACUUCCCUCAGCUCGGAGGCCAGCGGGCUCUCCUACGACUCGGUGAAGUACACGCUGGUGGUGGACGAGCACGCCCAGCUGGAGCUGGUCAGCCUCAGGCAGUGCUACCAGGGCUACAGCGACGACAGCGACUCGGCCACCGUCUACGACAACUGCGUCUCCUCGCCCUACGAGUCGGCCAUCGGAGAGGAGUACGAGGAGGAGGAGGAGGAGGGCGGGGGCUUGAGGCGGGACGCCCCCUGUCUGUCGCAGGACUCCACCCCCGAAGCCGGCCUGCCCGUCUCGCGCAAGUUCCUCAACGUCUUCAUGAAUGGCCACUCUCGCUCUUCCAGUGCAGAGUCCUUUGGCCUGUUCUCCUGUGUAAUCAACGGGGAGGAGCGAGAUCAGAGUCAUCGAGCUGUGUUCAGAUUUGUCCCUCGUCAUGACGAUGAGUUGGAGCUUGACGUGGAUGACCCAUUGUUGGUAGAGGUACAGGCGGAGGACUUUUGGUACGAGGGAUACAACAUGCGCACAGGUGCCCAUGGAAUCUUCCCUGCCUACUACGCCAUUGAGGUCACCAAGGACCCCGAUCACAUUGCUCCCUCAGUGAAAAGCUCUGACUGGGUGGACACAUUCCGGCUGAAAUAUCUGGGCUCUGUUCAAGUGCCGUAUCACAAAGGGAAUGAUGUUCUAUGCGCCGCUAUGCAAAAGAUUGCGACUAAUAGAAGAAUGACAGUACAGUUCAACCCUCCCUCCUCCUGCAUACUGGAAAUCAGUAUGAAAGGCGUGAAACUUGCUGUUCAAGAUGAAUACAGCAGUUUUAGCAGAGGAAAUAAAUGCAGUCACUUCUUUCAACUGAAGAACGUCUCUUUCUGUGGUUAUCAUCCGAAGAACAAUAAGUAUUUUGGUUUCAUUACCAAACAUCCAGCAGAUGAGAGGUUUGCUUGUCAUGUCUUUGUGUCAGAAGACUCAACCAAGCCUCUGGCAGAAUCAAUAGGGGAGGCAUUCCAGCGGUUCUACAAGCAACAUGUUGAGUACUCAUGCCCGACAGAAGACAUCUACCUUGAAUAGCCAGUCCUGCCUUCCCUGUACAUUAUUGUAUAUCAUAAUAUGUUGCAUGGUGGGAAACAUAAGGAAAUUAUUACAAUGAACACAAGUAAGACAUUUGUUUCGGGCCAAGUUAUUUCCUUGGAAAAGGUUUGAGUUCUAUCAAUGAUCUUGUUCCAAACUCAAAGUGCAACACUGUGGUGUUAAGACUCCCUCUUGUGAGUGGACAUAUGACAAAUAUAUAUACAUAUAUUUAUUUUUCCUGAUAUUUAACAGUAGGAACAAUUAAACAAACUAAAGUUCAAGGUGUUGUACAUUUCAAGGAAAUUCUGAGGCCAAAAAACUGAUGUUUGAAAUCAUGUCGCAGUAGUCCAUUUUUAUCAACUCUUCUGUGGUAAAUUGAUAAACAUGACAUAAUAGGAGAAACCAGAGAUUUCUUUGACAUCUGUAUUUGUACUGGCAAAGAGACCAAAAUGUGUGGCAGAUCUUUUACUUUUUUGUUUUUAUUUUUUGCCCCUAAUGUACUGUACUCCAGUUCUAAAUGCAUUUUGUCAUGGUGGAAACCCAUAUCUUAUGUUUGAUGUGGAUAUAAGCAUAUUUGUUAAAAGCUGUCCAUGAAAGGCUUGAUGACAGUUGGGGGGUAUUAGAUGACAUAUGGGGCUUUCAUAUGGCUUUGCUUCUGAAAUUCCCUUUCAUAACUGCAAGAACAGUGUAAGAUCAACUGUUUCACCAGUAGACCAUGCUUGUAGAUCUUUCAAAAUGUGCAUUUUUACAAAUUAUAAGAAGAAAAUCAGACACUCAAGCUUUUCCAGGACACCCUUCAAUUUCUUUUGAUGCACUGUAAUUGAAUUUAAAUGUUGGAGGUCACUCACUCUACCCUGUUAUGGGAAGUUGUUUUGGGAUCUGAUUUUGAGGUAUUUGAAUUAUCAUAGCUCUUCAGUCUUCCACUAAAGUUAUAACGGCAAACCACAGCUUCUUCAACACCACGAUAUCCUGUUUCCCCAGCAGGUUGGUAGAUGGCACCGCCAUACUUUUAACACACUUCAUUCCUCUUGAAUGACAACCCUAUUGAAGUUGCUCAUUCAGAUGAGACUUUGAAACAAACAAAAUCCCAGCAUUUCCUUGGCUUCCACUCCCAGUACCAAAAUUGUCACUUUUAUACCAUUGAGAUAAACCAGUAACCAGCCUGAGAAUUCAGUGACUAUCUGAUACUGUCUGACAGUUUUUCUGUACUACAGAUACCAUCAUUCAGCCCAAGGUUUCAGCAGCGGUUGAAUAAAGACCGAGGAUUAUCUUAUCUUGAAUGUUUAGGGAGAUUUCAUUAUAAUUCUGAUGUUUAUGAUGACGAAAACUCACUAAUGAAACAGUGACCCUCUGUUUCAUUAGUGGAAUCCCAACUGACCUAUUCUCUAUUUAAUAGAUGAAUCCAGGUGGUAUGACUGGAAUGAAAUGUAGCUAAGGAAAUCCUCUGUCCAUAGCAGAGAUACUGACUUUGUCUGGGAAGCACAAAGUGAGUCAGACUUUCUGUGACAUUCAGAUCUUCACAAGUAGUGCCUAUUUUUUUUAUCAUUAUCAUUAUAAUUACUGUGUAUAUACAUAUUUAUAUAUUUUGUUUAUUAAGAGUUAUCAUGGGGCUGUGGAAAUUGCUGUUGGUGAGUGGAGUAUCUCAAAGUGUGCCUAAAGUAAAACAGUGUUCAUGGCACUGAGAAAUGUCUUCAUUAUAAAACAUAAAAUGCACUGCAGUGCUGCUGGACCAUGUCAAUGUUCAAAUAUGAAAUGGGAUAUAUGGUAUACAUGCGUUAACUAUAUGCAUUCAUUACAUGCUUACAUGAAUUGUUUUAUUACAUGAGUUGUUUUAUUAGGAGGAAUCCUUGGAAAUCAUGUCUUGAAGAAUGUGAAUUGUUUUUCCAAUUUUCUUUCCUGUUUUUGGGUUUCAAAUUUUUGCUGUAGGCACUUUUAAGUUAUCAGGACAGGUAGAGGACAAUAUAUGUGUGUGUCACCCAGAGUAAAUCUACCAAGUAAGAAAAAAACCGAAAAAAACCAUAUAACGAAGCACACAGCAAUUAAACAAGAUGGGCAUACAUUCUUUAAAGUGGAUACCCACUGUUGUGAUGCAUACUAUACAGUAUGGUUCUUUAGUUUUCUUAUGGUAAACUGAAUCUGAUACAUGCACAACAUGGCACAUGGUCUUGUUGGCUUUCAUUUUUUCGUAUUCCAGCUUAGUAGGCCUGGCAAUGCUAAUGAACUGGCUGGUAUCCCAGACUACAGUAAGUCUACUCAAAGCUGCAUUAUGCCAAAAGUUCCAGUACAACAGCAAGGGAAAUCUCAUGACAAGGUGGUAACCCAAUAUCAAAAUCAGUGCAUUACAAUCAUUUUGCUGUCUUCCUGGCUCUGUAUCGUUGUGAUGCACUUACAUUGGCUUACAGUUUGGUGUUACAGCAGGUUCAUUUUUAAUUCAAGAGCCCAGAUGUACGAAGAGAUGUCUAAGAAUGUUAGCAUGCUAUCAAGAAAGGGACUUUCAUUUGUUACAUUAAUUUGGACAUUAUUGUAUAUAAAGUAAGAAAUGACUUCAGCCUCACAAAAAUUUAAUUGUAUUACUUUGAGCAGGAUAUUUUGCACAUUUUGUAAUAUAGCCAUUAUUCAAGUGAAAAUAAAAAUUGAGAAAAUAUCGCCAGCCAUUCUGCCUCGAGAAUGACAAUUUUCUUGACUCACUUUCCAGCAAAAUUCCAGCUUUUUUAUUUGUAUCAAUUUUGUUUAAUCCAAAGUCUGGCAUUAACACACAACAAAAACAGUGAAAAAUAAAAUCAUAACAUGUGUUGUAACAUUACAAUUCA